AUGUCUACCAACACACAGCCCAACACUCCCGCGCAAUGGCUGAAAUUCAGCCAGCUGAAGUCGGUGGACGCCAUCCCAAACCACGAGUCCAAGGAUGAAGACAACGCAAUGGGACCAAGUUACCGUUCAAUCUUUCUAGACGGAACAUCCAUCCUACAGCAGCUCCCAGGCUACUGUGAGAUGUACACGGAUAUCCUCGCAUUGACCGAGCCCGAGAUCCAGAUGUCGGCCGACGAAUUGACCGACCUCGAAAUCAAUGCCCGGGUAAUCACCGCCGACCAGCCCGUCCAUCUCAACAUGUCGACGCGUGGAGCCAAAAGUUGUGUCAUGGUCAUCUAUGCCGCCGUGCUCGAUCAGCCCAUCAGCGUUUCGAUCCAAGGCAAUCAGCGCACGGAGCUGGAGCUGGGAGCAGAUUCUGGCCACCUGCAAGCCGAGAUCAAGUUUGACGAGGGCCAGCUGAAAGUCUCUUACCGCGACCGGCACGGGGACGACCGCACCCCGGUCUACCAAGCCUUCCUGGACACGGAGCUGCGCGUCGCCCUCGCCGUCUGCUGGUCGUUGCCCGCCGUCGCCAUCUCCAUCUGCUCGUUUGUGGCAAAGUCGGCGGCCACCGCGGGCUCGCACGCGCUGUCCCAGGCCCAAGCCGUGUCCCUGGGCCAGCAGCUGGCGGCCCGUGCCAUGACCGGUCCCGACUCGUACUUUGCUCCGACCCUCACCUUUGACGACUUUGCCGUCACGCUCGAGUCCCAGCGAAAGGCCGCCGAGGCUUUUCAGCACCAAUACGAGAACUUUCAGGCCGCCAAAGACCGUGUCGAUGACGCCAAGGCGGCCGGGGAAACCCUUUUGGCAACUGUGCAGCACGAAAAGGAAACCAGACUCGAUCUGCAGUCGCAGGCCUUGGGUAAGUACCAGGCGGCAGCAGCUACCGUCGACGCCUGUGACAAGCUGCUCAGUGAUGAUGAAGAAGACCUGAGACAUGCAAAAGAUUGGUUCGAAACCGGUCUCGACGAGUGGAUAAGGAGGCAGACCUUCCUGGCCAUCUGCACAAUCCUUGGUGCCGUCUUCCAAUUUGCGGCCGGAAUCUACGCCGUCGGCAAGGGGUCGGGCGACCCAGGCGCGGUCGAAAAAAUCGUCGAAGACGUUGAAAAGGCCGAGAAAGCGGCGGGGGCUGCCGAGGAUGUCAUCCUCGGCUCCAAAGCCUUCAAGCAGCUGUGGGAAUAUACCAAAGCAUUGGGGAAGCUGUAUCCUCACAUUUCCGAUGUCGUCUCUGCCGUGGGCAAAAUCGACCGUCUGGGAGAUGAUGAUGAGAUUGACAUUCCGACCUUGGGCGGCGACGUCUCUGGCUCCGACGGGACCGACGCAGACGCCAGCUUGAUCAUGAGUCUGGCCGCUUGGGAUGAGUGGCAGUUGGACUCGGACCAGCAGAUGGAAUGGGCCACCUCGCAACAGAAUCCCGCCAUCGACGGAGCCAGUGAAUAUCGCUUGACCCUGCGCAAGCAUGCCAUUCACGGCCGCGCCUUGGCCCAGGCCCAGGCCGAGGCUGUCAAGCAAGGUCAGGAAUAUGUCCAGGCCACGCUCAUUGUGCUCCAAGCCAACCGCGACAUCGAGGCCAUCGACGGCCUGCUAGCCCACUACGAGGAAGAGAAGGAUGCAUACGCUCAGGUCGAAGCAAAGUUUUACGAUCGAUACCUCCAGCUGCAGACCACACUCGCCAUUCAGUUGCAAUAUGCGGUCGAUGCCUGUCGAUUCUACACCCUGAAAGAACCCGCAGUCAUCCUGGACUCGCAGAUGUCUGUGGACGAUGUAACCAGCUGCAUUGCAGAUCUGCGGGGUGCGAUGCAAGAUGUGGAUAUACAAUAUGCAAACGGAUACACGCCUACCACUCCUACCACAUUUUCUGACGAGUUGGCAUCCGAAUUUCCCGAGACGGUCAUCGCCGGCCUGAAGAGCAGCGAGAAAGGGUAUAGUGCCACAUUUACGCUAUUGCCCAUACCAGGCGCCAACUACGACCCCGGUCCGGAAAACUACGCAUACCCCUUUACAGGGGGGUUCCACUAUCGGCUGAACGGGCUGGAGCCGCGCUUGAUGGGUGUGAAGCCGCUGCCCGCCGCGGUGCACGAUGGCCGCGCGCUUGUCAGGUUCCGCAUCGAAACCUCGGGUACCUAUUCGGAUCUCGGCUACGACCCCGACACCAAGGAAUCCAAGGUCUGGCAUUUCGUCAGCAAGCUCCGGCAGAACCGCUACGUCUACGAGGUUGACGAGUCGGGCGCUUGGCUCCGCGACAGGGAGCGAGCCCAGUACGACGACCACGAGCACGCGCAGCCUCCGCCCUUUACACUCUGGAAGCUCACUCUUGAAAACCCAGAAGACCUGGAUUUGAGUACACUGGAUAAGCUGGAGCUACACUGGGACGCAUUCUACCGGCCAGUCUUUUCAUUAUGA